AUAAUAAGACGUUAUUAUUUCUAUUGAAUACACUUAGAAUUAAUGCUGAAUAUGAUUUCUGAAAAUAUUAUACAUAUAAUAAUGAUACAAGCAUAUACUGAAUCGAAAACCAUUUUUGGAGAAUGAAUAAUCCAAUUAAAUUCAUGAGACUGGAAAACAAUCAUCACAAUACAAUAAGCAGCUGAAGACAUGGAUAUUAGAAUGACUGCAAGUUAUAUGAAGAAAGAUUUACUGGAUUGCAUUGUGCCUGAAUCCACAUGUCCUAACUCAAAUAUAUCAUUUUGGAUUUACACAAGUAAUGAUGCUGAUAAUCCGACACGUUUCUAUAUUAAUGACAUUAACCAUCUAUCUACCUUAAUAACAUCGUCUCGUUUAAUGUAUUUCGAUAAUACGCUUAAAAUACUAAUCCAUGGGUAUGGUCAGAAUAGAAACGAUACUAAUUUCAAAAUGUUACGCACAGGUUUCUUUAAAAAAAGUAAUUGCAGUAUAAUUAUGGUUGAUUAUGGUCCAUUAGCAGAAUUGCCAUGUUAUCAAACGGCUGUUAUAAAUUCUGAAUUAGUUGCUAAUUGUACAGCUAAAAUGAUUGAUUAUUUAGUAGAAAAUGCAUCAAUACCAAUAAACUCAAUCCAUGUAAUUGCCCAUAGUUUAGGUGCACAAGUUUCUGGUAAAAUUGCGAAUUAUUUAAAAUCUGGUAAAAUAGGUCGAAUAUCAGGCUUAGAUCCAGCAUUACCGUUAUUUGAGACAGACGAUUUAACCAAAAUAUUAGACAAAGAAGAUGCACAAUUUGUGGAUAUUAUACAUACAAACGCUUUAGUUUAUGGACAAAUAAAAGAUACCGGACAUAUUGAUUUUUAUGUAAAUGGUGGUACAAUUCAACCAGGAUGUGAUACAAGUUUAUCAGUUACAGAAAAUACCAGUUGUAAUCAUGUGAGGAGUGUCGUUCUGUAUGCUGAAAGUAUUGACAAUACAAUACCUUUCGUUGGCAGGAAAUGUGGUAGUUUGUUUUUACAUAACUUAGGAGUAUGUCGAUUUUUAAUUUUAAAUCCUUUGGCAACAAUGGGCGAAUAUGUGUCACGGGAUAAAACUGGAAAAUAUUAUUUAAGUACAAAUAAGGAGCCACCGUAUGCCCUGGGGAAGGAUGGAGCUGAUUAA